GAAGUUUGUUACAGCAAAUUGUAUAAGUGCAGCAAAAUAUUGUGUUAUGCUCAAAGAAACAAAUGAUCGAAUGGGAACUAUUUGUCUUGAUACGGAUUAUCAAAUAUUCAGAAAAAACAAACUCGUAAUG